AUGUUAAAUACCAGGGCCAGCUCCCCCUGGUCAGUCUGGAGGUCCUGCUUCUCAGUCAACAUGAAGGCUCUCCUCAUUCUGGGGCUUCUCCUCCUCUCUGUCGCUGUCCAGGGCAAGAUAUAUGAGAGGUGUGAGCUUGCCAGAACUCUGAAAAAACUUGGAUUGGAUGGCUAUAAGGGAGUCAGCCUGGCAAACUGGAUCUGUUUGACCAAAUGGGAAAGCGGUUAUAAUACAGAAGCUACAAACUACAAUCCUGGAAGCAAAAGCACUGAUUACGGGAUAUUUCAAAUCAAUAGCCGCUACUGGUGUAAUAAUGGCAAAACCCCAAAAGCGGUUAACGGCUGUGGUAUAUCCUGCAGCGCUUUGAUGAAAAAUGACAUCACUGAAGCUGUAAAAUGUGCAAAGAAGAUUGUCAGUCAGCAAGGCAUUACAGCAUGGGUGGCGUGGAAAAAUCGUUGUCGAGGCCAAAAUCUCAAGAGUUAUGUUAAGGGUUGCAGAGUGUAACUGUGGAGUUUUCUUUCUUCAGCUCAUUUAUCUUUUUUUCAUAUUAAGGUUUUCAUAUUAAGGAAGUAAUAGUUGAGUGAAAGGUCAUACUAUCAUUCUUUCAAACAAAUAAUG